AAAGAAAAAGAUGACAAAUGGAAGAGGAGUAAUGAGGCAGUAUCAGAAAGGAAACUGGAACCUAUCAUCUUUGAGAAGGUGAAAAUGCCUCAAAAGAAAGAAGAAACACAACAGUCCAGAAAAAGUUCUCCUAAAUCUGAGCCAGUGAUGGACUUGUUAGGACUUGAUGCUCCUGUGAUGACCACCAUAACAAAUGGCAGGCCCAGCAGCUUAGAGAAGGAUCUGGACCUCUUUGCCUCUGUGGGAUCAAACUCUGACUCCAGGAAGGUCACAGGCUCUAUGCCAACGUCUGGAAGUGCUGGUUCUGUCCCUGAAAACCUCAACCUCUUCCCUGAGCCAGGAGCCAAAGGGGAGGAAGUGGGGAAGAAGCAGCUCUCUAAAGAUUCCAUCCUCUCCUUGUAUGGCUCCCAAACACCUCAGCUGCCUGCCCAAGGAGCGAUGUUCAUGGCCCCAGCUCAGCUGGCAUACCCUGCAGCACCAUACACUGGCUUCCCAGGAGUAGGCCCCUCCAGCAGCAUGAUGGGAGGCAUGAUGGCACCCUCGGUGGGCAUGAUGGCCCAGCCUGGAGCCACAGGGAUGGUGCCACCCAUGGCCAUACCAGCUGGGUACGUGGGCAACGUGCAGGCGGCCGUCAUCGGCGUCCCCAACGGGGUGAUGGCUGCCCAGCAGGCUGGCUACGUGGCUGGGGUGGCAGCAGUUCCCCAGCCUGUCUAUGGGGUGCAGCCAGCACAGCAGCUUCAGUGGAACAUUGCUCAGAUGACCCAGCAGAUGGCUGGGAUGAACUUCUACGGAGCUAAUGGCAUGCUGGGCUAUGGACAGUCAAUGGGUGGAGGAGGUGCCCAGGGAAGCAAUCAGUCCCUCAGCACUCAGCUCUGGAAAUGA